AUGUCAUUGAGAAUGAUUACAUUCAGUUACCUCUUUAAAAUUCAAACACAAACUAUUCGUAGAUUUUCUUCAACAAAAAAUGUAUCUAUGACCUUUACAGGAAACUCAAAUCAAGAUUUGGGGACGGAAGAAGAGCGUAUGAGCAGAGUAUUCGGGGGUCGACUAAAGGGCCAAGCCCCAAUGCCUAGCAGUAGAAUGACGGUUCAGGAUUCUCGAGAUAUUGCUGGCGUAAGUGUUCCCUAUCAACCCAGUCCACCUGAUAAUUGUUGUAUGUCUGGCUGCGUCAAUUGUGUUUGGGAAAUGUAUAAGGAUGAUAUUACAUUCUGGCAAGACAGAAGACACCUAGCGAUAGAAAAUAUUGGGAAAACUAAUGAGAAAUGGCCAGUGGAUUGGAAUCCUCCUUUGAAGUUAUUAGAUAUCAAAAAUGUCCCUAAUGAAUUAAAACAGAAAAAAUUGGAUAUGUUGAGCAAUGAGAAAAUUACUACUACUACUACUACUAAUAUCUUGUUCCCAAAGAGAGAUACCCCUCUUCCCAGUAGUGUAUUAGAAGCUAAGAGAAAGAAUUUUUUAAAGAGACAAAAAUUGUUAGAAAUGAAAAAAAGACAGACCAUAGAGGAAGAAGAUGGUUGGAAUGAUAUCCCAAUAUACAUCAAAGCCUUUGCUGAUUUUGAAAAAAGAAAAAUUAGAAAAACUUGGUACAGGUACUUUUAG